UGAACACAUAGAGAUAUAUAUUGGACCCUAAAAAUGUUAUCCGUUAAAUUUUAUGCAUCAAAGCGUCAAUAUAUCGUCACACAAGGGAAACAGAGGAUUCAAUUCAACUCCUAAAAUCAAGGUCUAAUGUCCAUUUUCCUUUGCAUAUUUCAACCCAAAACACAAUCGCCACAAAUCACACCACACCAACAAAAGAAAAAAAUCAAGAAAAUACAACAACAAAAAACAAGAAAAAGAAAGAAGAAAGCUAUAGAGUUUUGCAAUAUCUUCUUUUGAAUCUUUAGAGGAAGAAAGAAAAAAUGGCAACAAUGAAAAUACCAAUGACGGUACCUUCUCCUCGAAUCGAUGCUGACCAACUCUUUAAGGCCUUCAAAGGAAGAGGCUGCGAUACUUCGGUGAUCAUCAACAUCUUAGCUCAUCGCAAUGCAACGCAACGAGCUCUUAUCGAACAAGAAUACGAAACCAAAUUCUCGGAUGACCUUCGAAAACGUCUCCAAUCCGAGCUUCAUGGUCAUCUCAAGAAAGCCGUUCUUCUGUGGAUGCCUGAAGCAGUGGAGCGAGACGCUUCAAUACUGAAACGCUGCUUAAGAGGAGCCGUGACUGAUCACAAAGCGGUUGCUGAGAUUAUAUGUACACGAUCUGGCUCUCAGCUUCGUCAGAUCAAACAGGUCUACUGCAACACUUACGGUGUGAAACUUGAAGAGGACAUCGAAUCCGAAGCUUCUGGCAAUCACAAAAGAGUUUUGCUCGCAUAUUUGAACACUACACGAUAUGAAGGACCAGAGAUCGAUAAUGCGAGUGUAGAGAACGAUGCUAGGACUCUCAAGAGUGCGGUUGCGAGGAAGCAUAAAUCUGAUGACCAGACGUUGAUUCAGAUAUUCACUGACCGAAGCAGGACUCAUUUGGUCGCUGUAAGAUCUACUUACCGUUCCAUGUACGGCAAAGAACUUGGAAAGGCCAUAAGAGAUGAGACUCGCGGGAACUUCGAGCACGUCCUUCUAACAAUUCUACAAUGUGCUGAAAACUCUUGUUUCUAUUUCGCAAAGGCACUGAGGAAAUCAAUGAAAGGAUUAGGAACAGAUGACACGGCGUUGAUAAGAAUAUUGGUGACGAGAGCAGAGGUGGAUAUGCAGUUCAUCAUCACAGAAUACCGCAAGAGAUACAAGAAGACUUUGUACAAUGCUGUUCAUUCUGAUACAACUGGUCAUUACAGGACUUUUCUCCUCUCUCUUUUAGGACCCAACGUUUAAUCUCUUUCUAUAUCCACCCCAACAUUUACUUUGAUUCUCUGUGUACAUCUGUAUCUUACAACAUUUCUUGCAAACAAGUUUGAAGGGAUAUGAU